AUGGCUGGAAUGGACGCUGACCGUGCAGCUGUGCCGCAACCGACCGCAAACGCAGCUGCUACUCCUCCCUCAAGCGUUCCCACUCCGGACACGAUAAAGACCCUGUUGGAAUCUAACCAGCUCCAGUGGCAGCAAAUAUCUUCUGCGGUAGCCGCCGCCACAUCGGCGGUGCCAAAAGCGUCCGGGCAGGGCGCUGGUUUUGGCGGAGAUCUCUCCAUCGAAGAGAAGAAUAAGAUCUGGUCGAGCCGUGUCGAACUUCUUGCAGCGGCGACGCGCAUACAUAAUGACUGCCGUUCGAUGGAAACCGAUAUCCGUGAUUAUAAGCAGCUCGUCGAAUCAUUCAGCUACCAGACUCUCCCCGCCGAGGACAGGACCGUGAUAGAGGGCCACCUGCAAAGUUUGCAGGGGCAGCUGGGACAGAAAGCGGACGAUAUGAAGAAGAUCCUGACCAAUUUAUCGUCCGCGAAAUUUUGGCCCACAUACACAAACCGACGCACACUCCCGCCCGGAUUGGAUGGAAACAGCAAGGAACAUCAACAAGAGCUGGCUAAAGAAAUCGGGUCUCUGAAAGGCUCUGUUUCUCAACUACAGGACUUGUUUAAAUCUGUCGAUGCGCGAUGGGAGCAGAUGUCUAAGCAACUUCAAAGUAAUCUCUCGUCCGAGUCUAGGGCCACUGGUGGAGGAGACGUGGAGAUGGCCUCAAACCAAGCCAGUACGUUCUUGGCCGAAGCAAUUGUCCCUUCAGAACUGGAGAAAAUCCGCGACACCAUGGCGAACUUCGAAGAACGCCUGGGCAGGCUCGAACGUGAUGUGCAGGACCCGUCGCUGCUCGCGCAGAUCGACGCGAUCAUCGCCGAAAACGUGCAAUCCAUCGUCCUCGCCUCUACGGGAACCGUGCAGGCCAAACCGCCCGAGCCUCGUGCCGCGCUCACCGAGGAGCAGCUCAAGACGCUCCAGACGUUGCAGCAGCAUGCGGCGACUACUGGGCAACAGGUCGCAAGGCUGUCGCAAGAAGUGGCGCAGCUGGCCGGAUUCAACGAACGGCUGCAGACCGAGAACAUGGCGCUCCAAGCCGAGAACGUCCAGCUCCGGCAGCAGCUGGAGGAGCUUCAAAAUACGCAGACGUCGUCGGGAGAUUCGACGCAAGCCGAUAGAAUGAUAUCAGAGAUGCGCGCAUUGAACGCGGCCGUCCGGGCGUAUAUCUCUCAAGGCUCUUCUUCGCAAUCUGCUGAACCCAUGGGAGACGCAGUUGUUAAGCAGAUUGCACCCUACCUCGUCAAGUCUAUCCCCGAACUCAUUGCCCCGCAACUUCAGGGCCUGCGCGAUCAACAAGAGACACUGCGUGCUGCGCACACGCAGGCCAUUCAAGAAUUGUCGACGAAGAUGUCCUCAACGUUGCAGGCUAUUGAAGCGAUUCGUGUCUUGGUCGGAGGGCUGGAGGUGAAGAGUCCGCCGCCACCUUCUCACCCGACUGUGAACGGAGCGUCGUAG